CAAACAAACAAACCCGAAUCAAACCAAACAACUAUGAAAGACAAGCUGACAAUCUCUAUGAACCGACCACUGUGUGACCUGGGUGUAUAACCAGUGUGUUUUUGUCUUUCUGUUUACAGACAGGAGCCGAUGCAAGCCCGGACAAGUCCGAGAUGCAUCAAGGAGCAGAACGUCACCGCAUCCCGUUAUUCCUUUCGCACCAACAGCAACGUCUGAACAUCCGGCUCGAGAGUCUCCACAGAGAAGACAACCACAUCUCGCAAGAAGCACUUUCGAACUGUCCAAGCAUAUUAUUACUGUUACCACUGUUAUUGUUGUUGUUGAAUUUAGAAGAUUCCCACGACGCCAGCCGGAAAGAGCCGAGAAGGUUAUAUGAAUAUGUCGAACCGAGGUUACUUGAGCGCCCCCCAUCGGCUGUUGCCGGGCUAUGCUGGUCUGUCCGCGUCCCGCUCCAGUUUGGGUGUUGGGGCCCCGCCCUCGUCCAGGGCUAGCCCUCCAGAGUUCUCGUAUGACGCCUACCCGAGAUCUGGAUCAGGGGGCGGGGUGAGAGACUCGUCAUCUUUCACGCGGACUCCGACUUCUGCUGCCACGGCGGCCAACACGGCGUUGGGAUUGGCUUACCAAAACAUGAGCGAGUUUCCAUACGGGCUGUCGGGCGUGCAGAUGCCCACAUACAACUUUGGUUCAGAGUUGUACAACUACGUCAGUAACGGGUUUCCCCGGAAAUCCAGGAUGUGCACUUUUUGUAACAAGGUGUUCACUCGCUCCACCACACGACGCUAUCACGAGAGGCGAUGCCCACUUUUGCGUGCCUCGAAUAGUUUGGCGAAGAGCGAAGAAAAUAAUUCCGCGGCUGCUGUAGCAGCGGUGGCGGCGAUGAAAGACCAGCAACAGCAGCGCCAGAAGGAGUCGGCGCUCUCCCCGUCUGCGGUUGCCCCAAGGAGUCAUUCCAGCAGCAAUCACAACUCGUCAAUUGUGCAGUCUGGCCCCACCCCCUCCAGUAACUCCCCGCCCACGCCUAGUCUACACCCCGCUUACCCUACAUCAUUUCCCCCUACCUCCGCCCUAGCUCCCAGUCCCUCUAGAAACGCCAGUGCAUACGGAAACUACACGAAUCCCUACAAUGCUGCUCACUAUUAUGGCCAUACUCUGUCCACUGCUGCACUCGCUGCACUCGAUCAAAACAGCAACAGCCUGCAGUUCAAGAAAGAGUCGGACAACGCGUCAUGGGCGUCGUCAUCCCCGUCUCCUUCCUCCAAGCAGCGAGACACACCCAGCUCUGUCUUAGCCAACACCUCGUCUUUGCUAAAAGCUUUCAAUCCAGACCCGAGCCUGGAUAUGACGGCCAGGUACUGCGCAGAUUUCAGCAUCCGGUCCCAACCGCCAGUUUUCCCGCCGACCUCUCUCCGCGGCCCCCCGACCUCGCCACCGUCUCCAGAGCCAGGCGAGACCAAGUCUGACAGCACAACCCACGGAGAUUCCUCCAGCCCGAACGACCUGACGAGGACAUCUACCAACAACGCUGACCAGCCCAGCAGCGGUAACAACAAUAGCCCUCCUUGCGAUGGUCAAGGUAUACAAGGCAAGAUUGCUGUGGCCAAUGUGUCCGGCGCCCGGCUGAAAACCUCGUCGCCGCCCCCUGUGCUGUGGAACAACAAGAUGAGGAUGGAGAGAGCCAGAGAGCAGUACAUGUCUGUACAGCCUGUAGAUGAUGACGAAGAGGAAGAUGACGAGGAAGAGGAGGACGAGGGAGCAGUAGAAGAAGACGAGGAGCAGUUUAACGCUUUAGAUGUGAGUCUGAACCAAACGAGUGAGAUGGAAGACGAAGGCUUCAGCGGAAAGAAAGGUCCCAACUCUCCACUGCAGAAGAAUACUACGUACAACCCUCUGGUCUGCCAGUACUGUAAAGAGUCGUUUAGUGAUAUCACCACACGUAAGGCACACGAAGAACUGCACGCUCAAAGAAAGGCCUUUGCCUGCAGUGUAUGCUCCCACUCGUUUCACUGUGCUUAUGGGUUACGCAUCCACUUCCUGCGACACCACAAAGAAGGGCCCUACAAGUGCAAAUAUUGUCUGGAAACUCACAAGGAACCUCUCAACCUGAAGGCUCAUCUCGUGAAUCACCACAACCUGCCCAAAGCAGAGCAGCACUCUCUCAAGUACUUCUCUUUUGUCGAUUCCAGUUAUGAUAAGAUUCCCCCACUCUUGAUGACCUCUGGCCUCUCUGAUGGUGAACAGGACUCUAAAAAAAGAAGCAACCUCGGACAGAGGCACAGCGCUGACAACGUGACAGAAGCCAUUGGGGAUGACGACACAACGAAGAUGCGCACCACCAACGAAACUAGUAUCGAGCCUGUACCCAACGGAAGCAUUGCCAACGAAGAAACAGAAGUCUGUAAAAUCUGUAACAAGGCGUUUUUGAAGUCUUUCAUACGAAUUCACGAGCGUUCGCAUGCAGACCAGAAACCGUAUGAGUGUCCGAUGUGUCACAAGCGGUUUGGCUACAAAAACAACAUGAAGUCUCACAUGAAGCUCCAUCAGGGUCUCAAGCCGUACCAGUGCCAGAUCUGUGGGGCCCGAUUCACCAGAGGCUCCACACUGAGGCGCCAUGGCCGACGUCACAACAUCUCGCGAAACUCCAUGCUUGACUACGUCCUCUACGACCACAGCGCUGGGCCGACAAGGGCCGUCGGGGUACACAGCAAACCGUCGCUCUCUACCACCACCCAGACUGCUGCUGCUGUUGCUGCUGCUGCUGCUAUAGCCAGCACACCUUACAGCCACCAUGCCAGGAUGACGUCAGCCGAGCACGGCAUCAGUAAGUCUUUGUCCUAUUUACAGCACACACGGGCUCCACUAAUGCCGAACGCAACAGGCAGUGACCGAGAUCGUCACAACUCAACAAAUGGCCGCAGUCCUGUAGGGUCUCCACCACCUCGCAAUGCAGCGUCUCCCCGCACCCCAUCCAACCAUCUGACCAGCCAGAGCAUGGGGAACCCUAUGGUGGGAGACCUGGCUGCUGUCGUGGCCCCCCACCUGUUUGGCUACCAGGCGGCCGCUGCUGCGCCUCACCUGUAUCAGUUCUACGCCUCGACCAACCCUCUGAUGAAUUACCCAGCCUACGUAUCCAAUCAGAAUUCAUCUGCUGUUCAGUCUGAUGCUCUGAAUCUCAGCCUCGGAAAGCGGAAGUCUUCCAUAGAGGAAGAAGGAGAGAUCAAGAAUAAACUAUCGAAAAAGGAGAAUAACAUCCUGAGCAAAGAGAAAGAGAACUUUCACAGGCGCAGUCUGGAGGUCCGGGAGAAUCACAUCGGUGUCAAGUCUGAGGAGCCCGGGGAGCUGGUAAAGUUCAAGAACGAUGUUCACAAUCCGUUCAUGCCAAACUUUGCUAUCAAGAAAGAGUUUUCUCCCAGAGACGCAUCCAACAACAACACUGACCGCAAUGCUCACCGAGAGCCGCUGAAGCUGACCACAGAAGAUUUCGGUGCCCAGGUCAACAUCUGUUGUCCAAGCCCCAUGGUCCAGUCAUCCACCACAAGCUGUCAACACCCACAACCAGUGUCAAGUGGACCAGUGGGCUCAUCCACCUGUCCUGAACCUCUGACCCACCAGCGGGCGCACGCUAGUCCCAGUGGGCUCAGUCACCGUGGGAGCCCGGUCAACUCGGCGACAUCAGUGACCAGCCCCAACGCAGGGAUUUUGGAGCCUCGGGAGGGACAGACCGUUCCAGAUCUACUGCACCCUCUCCUCAAGUCUGGCCGGAUGUUCCGCUGUUCUUUCUGCGACAUCUACUUCACCGAGUAUGCGAUGUUCCGCGUGCACCAGAAACAUCACCAGAUCGACAGCGCCAGACCUUUCGUAUGCUCCUACUGUGGAGAGGACUGUAAAGAAAAGAAUUUCUUUACGCUUCAUAUAUCUGCUCACCUUAAGCUGGUUACUACAUGACCUCUCAUCUCUAUGUCACUUCUCCGCGGACACGCUGCUCUAGUCUACAACUCCCUGAUUGGAACACUCCUCCCCACCCCUUUCACAAAUGAGAGACUUUUGACCUCAGCCGUCUGAGUUCACGACUGAGAUUGAAGUUUUCUUUUGUAUUCUUCCUACGAAAGAAACACAAAAAACAAUGAUCUGUAUCGACUAGAGAAAGGAAACCACCACAUGGCUAUGUGGGUCAGCGUUCUCUCCUCCAAGAAGAGGAAUAAGAAUGCACCUUUAGAUGUGCUGUGGUGGCCCGCAGAGAACAGUAAUAUAUACACGAGUUAUUAUAUAUUAUUAUUCACUUGCAUACAUGUUUGUUUGUUUGUGUUUUGUUUUUUUUUUACUUUUUUUUUCAAAGAAAUAUUCCCACUGGCAAUGUAAUGCUUGCCUGCUAAGUUUUAUGAGGUCUCAGAGAGAUGAAAGUUACGGGUAUAGUUUCUGAUCUUUUUAUCUUGUUUUUGGAUAAAUUCUCCUCAACAUAACUGCACUAUGGACUUCAGACGGCUGUUCAUGAGGAAAAGAUUAUAAUUUGAGAACAGUUUUUUCAACCUUCGACCUUCUGUGUGUUGUCCCUAGUAUUGUGGAUAACGUUACAAAUUUCACCCUUCUACCUCAAAAUGUUUUUACCAACUUAUAUAUAUUUAUAUUACAUAUACAUGUUUUCACAACAUAUUCAUGGCCAAUUUAGGAAAAUUGGAAAAAUUUGUUUCUUGAAAAGAAAAUGGGAACCUGGAAAGGAAAUGCCUGGUGGAAGAAAGUGAAAAGUCAGCCUCUGAACCAUAGACUGUACAUAUGUUUCUUUAUUAUAAAGAUAUAAAUAUAUACAUAUAUAUUAUAUAUACCAAUGAAACUGAAUAUUUCAUGACAAUCUUUGUUCAUUUAAUGAUGUUUACAUUUCAACUACCUCAAUAUUUCAUAUACAAAAUCACACGCAGGGAGUUUUCUUACUUUACUAUAUACUAUACCCAGUUGCAAUGAAGUUUGCUUGUACUCUCCAUAUUACGCAAAUGUCUUUGAUUUUGCUAAAAGUUAAAGACCAUUAUGCGCCACUGCCAAAUUCAUGAUGACUCAAUCCUUUCUAAACAUUGGUCAAUGUUGAUUAGUUUAUGGAAACUAGAUGUUUGUUGUAUUGAGACAUUAUGCGCGUUGCUAAGCACGAUUUGCGCAAGCUCAUAUAUAUAUGAGGAUAUUUCCUUUGUUUAGUUUACAUUGUUCGACUCGUACCUCACUUUGUGGACACUCUUGUUUGUUUCCCUUGUCUGUAAAUACGUACAUGGUAUACCUUUUGUGAAUUUGACCAUAAUGCGAUUGCUUCUGGUUUGCAAAAAGCAAGAUUUGCUGAUUUGCUUAUAGAGAAAUACGGGUUUAGCUUAGUGUUUGUUAUUGUUUAUUUGCAUUUUGUAAAUCCUUUGUUUGCUUACUUCCUUGGUUAUUUAAGAAUUAACUUUUAAGUAUCUCCAUUAUAUACUGGAGAGAUGACAAAUACGGGUAACUCAUGUAAUGCAUCCCCUCCUUCUACAGCUUACAAGUUUUUCGCAUUUAGACUUUUUUUUACUAUUGUUUAUACAAUAGACAUUUUAUCUAAUUUGAAGUGUUGUAAAAGCCUCAAAAGCAGUAACUGUGCUGUUGCAAUUCAGUUCUUCUGAAGUUACAUAUCAGAGGACAGAAACAAAGAAACAAAAGAAACGAGAUGCACUGAUUAACUCUUUCAGUCAGGCAUACUGUAUAGUCUACUGCAGUAGGGAAACACAUGACUAAAGUUAAGCAGUAGAGGGUUAAUUAAUAAUUUCGUAGAGUUCUAAAAUUUAAGAUUGUUGUAACCCAUCAGUAUAAGGAGAUGAUGCAGUUGUUCUGUUUACCUGCUGUAUUAGAGUGAUAAGGCUGUUCACACAGCAUACAAAAGAUAUGAGUUUGAUUCCCACGGGCUGCUGGGAUGUAUCCCCCACACAGCUGGGAUCAGUCCUAACCAUUAGGAAAGAAGCAGUCUUCCUCCUCAUCGAGCUUAAAAGUGUUAAUAGAAGCACAAAUAUUCACAGCAGAGUCUCUAAAAUAUGAAUAGUAUUGGGUUUAGUUGAGGUCCCAAACUGCUCAGAAUUUCUGAGGAGUUGAAAGAGCUAAUUUAUUUAUUUAUGAUAAAAAACAUUUCUGCCAUUGAGAAAGGCGAAAAAUAAGCAUUUUUCAGGCAUAAUUUCCUUUCACAAUUUCAGAUCUUGAUAAAAGAGAAUCGUAAAUAUGGUGUACAAAAAACAAAUUUAAACGUAUAAAACAAAAUAAACUCCACCAACACUGGAUGAUGGCAUCUUCUCCAUACCGAUCAGGGUUUCCAUAGAGCUCAGAUACUCUACACUAGUAACAUUUUUUUGCUCAGAUUCUUAACUUGCUGAGUCAGAGAGUAAAUGUUGGCAUUUCUUUCAAAAUUACUUUUUGUAUUUUGUUGAUUGUUCUUGAUUUCCUCUGUUUUCUUUGACUGAUUUGAGUUUUCUUGCAAUGUUUGUGCUAAAAUAUGAUGUCUACAGUCCAUGCAAAUGUAAGCCAGAAUGAUGUUUUCAUCCACUAUCCAUCCCUCCUAUGACUAACUACCUCUCACAUAUUAUUGGUGUGCAUUUUUAUUGAAUUUCUUCAGCAAUGAUAAUGCAUCCCAAGAACUACUCAGGAAAAACAGCUCAGGUGUUUAAAUUUAUAUUUGUACAUACAAACAUUUUAUGUAACUGAACAUUUUUUUUUUUCGUUUGUACAUUCAUACCCAAAGGAUCCUGUGCUCUUCAUUUGAUAACUGCUUCAUCUGAUCACCUCUACAGUGAAGGCAAACAUAUAUACAUACAGCCUUUGUGUGAUGACGUAUCAUUUCAGAUGUUUUUUUGUAACCUUGAAUAGGCUUUUUCUGUCCUAUGGAUUGUGAUGGUUGAUGUUGCGGGUUCUUUUGUAGUUUGUAUGCAUUGUGUGCUUAUGCCAAAUUGUUUGUUUUGUGAUCACCCAGUUUGUACAUGUGAAUUUUGACAUCUGACAUCAGUUAAUGCUCAGGAAUCAAUAGAAUAAAUAUUUAAUGCUACAUGUGUGCAUGUGUACAUGUUUUAUGUGAAUGCAGUUUGAAGAACCUCGAAUGCCUGUAAAGAUGCCAAUGAUAGCAAUCAGCCCCAUUAGUCUGAUGCCCAUACUGGGAACAGAAAAAGGAUGGACAGAAUAAAAAUGUUGUGAGAAUGGAGACUAAGAAAAGUGGAUAAAUGAAACAAGUUGAAAGAAAAAAGGUUAAAGUCUGUCCUUAUCGUGAAAUUUUGCAAGAGUAGGCUUAAUAGUAACAACAAAAAAGUUUGAAACAGAAAUACCCAUUUUGUUCCAAGAAAUGGACAUAGAUUUAGAUUUUCUAGGUUAAAUUAUAACCGAAAUUUUAAAAGUAUUUUAGUCACAAAAGUUCCUUAACUUCUCCAUUUGUGAAAAAGGGUUUUUUGAGAAUUAAUCGGCACAAAUGUGUUCUGUAGCAGUUAGGCUUUGUUUAAAGGAUGGGACUAUCUCAGUCUUUUUUCUCAAAUCUUUAGAUUAAAUAAGUAAGAAAUCAUAACUUACGAAAAAUUAUUUUCUCUCACUAUACUAUAAAUUAUUUUUUUUGCCUACUUGAGAAACAAACGACAUCCACCCCUUGGCUCCCAUAUGACCUUAUGCAGUUGCGAGCACCGUAAAACCUUACUGAAAUUAAAACUAAAACAAACGAACUUGAAAAGCUGUACACCGUCUUUCAUGCAAAGAGUAAAACUGCUUGCUUACGUACCAUAGUUUUCAGAGAGAUAAUAAAGCACUUAUGCUUGUUGUUCGUUCUGUUGGCCCGAGUAUCUUCAGCAUUAUAACACCUGAUCUUGAAGUAUCAUUCAGUUUUUUUGUUUCGUUAAUCUGAAUAUCCAAAAGGUCUUUUUCCAACAGCAAGACAUAAAAUAAGCUUAAAUUAGAAAUACAAAUGUUUCCAUCCAUUUGUUUUCUUUUUGUUCUGAGAUGGAGUUAAAGACUCUUGUGAUUUAUUAGUCACCUUUCUUCAAAAAGAACGUUGCAAUGAAUAAUGUACCAUCUUCCCAAAAGGAAAAUGAGAUUGCACCAUGCCCUGCUUAUCUAUGGUAUCUGAAACAGAAAUCUGAAAAUAAUUUGUUCCAAAUGUUGUUUGAUGUGAUGGCUGGGGCAUUGCGGGUAUUAUUGCGUGGUGCCUGUUCACCACAAAUGUUCAUGUUGUUGACGCCCAAUGUUUCAAGCAUUCAUCUGUGCAGGGAUUUUUUAAACAAUUAUUUCUUUUUACUUUCAAAAUCUGAAUCGAGCUUUCAUCAUCACUGAAGACUGCUGCAGUGUACCAUGUCAUUGUAUGCUUGGCCAUGAACCUUAUGUUGUUGUUAUUAUGAACUAUUGAAGUUGAAACUUUGCUUUGUUUUUUGUUCCUAUUGUUUGGCUUUAUACUGGCAUUGGUUUGUUGAUUACAUGAGAAUGAUCCACCAGUCAGCCUUAUCAUCUUUAAGUCUUUGACAGUAUAAUUAAGUGGUAGGAAAUUGACUUUUCCAUACAUAUCCCUUGUUAUCUCAUAAUUGCAGCUUGCAAAUCGUUGUUUUCAUUAUUGGGGAAAAGGCUUUUAAACUGUUUGCUGAAACAUUUUAUGGCAAAUCUUUGAGCCUAUUUCUUAGGGCCUUACAAAUACUUAUUAAACUUUUCCCAAAUUUAUUCAGGAGGUGGAGAGAAACAUAUUUGAUUGGAUAGAACAUUUUCGGUCUUUAUAAAGUUACAAAAUAUAAGCUACCAAUUGUUACUGAAAGCAUUGAAAAUGGCGAAUGAUAAGAGUGGAGAAAUCAACUCUCAUGUUUAUUCAGGGUUGAUUUCACCAUUGUUUUUCUAAAGAAUUACAAUAACAAUGUCUUUCAUCUGUGCAUUAUUUCAUGCAAGUUUUUUUUUGUUUGGAUUAAUAACUUGUGGAUAAAGUACUCUGCAUACUUUCCGCUGCUAUGCAAAUUCAAACUCAAGUUACACUCUCAAAAUGAUAUUUUACAACAACUGAUUUAUUCUGACAAAUGAUAUUCAAUGUUUAAAUUUAUGAAAAUAUUUUGUAGAACAGCCUGUCAAAGUGAGUUACUUGUCAAAAGGAGAUAAUCAAAAUAUGUCAUCAUAUUUGUUUAAUGAUCAUGCUAUUAUUUCUAAGUUCAGUUGUUUAAUGGGAUUUUGGAUUUUGGGGAGGGUAGGCAUUAUAUUAUAACUAGAGAGACAAUUUAGAUCUGUGCCGAAAGUAAGUAGGGCUGUCUGUUUCAUGAAGUUAAUUUUUUUCCCUCAAAAUUUCAGCUGGGCCCAUAUAUUUCCUUUUUAAUAAUUGCUGUCAGGGCCAUCACCACAUAAAUAUUUACUGACUUCAAUUUGACUUUCUUUUUUAAAAAAAGUAAGUAGGCCUAUAUGAAACUGCCAAGAAAUGAUUGUCGUUAAAAUGUAUAGCCUUCUCAAAAUUUGAGAAGUAACUCACUUUGAGCUGGUUCUUUGGUAUAUCGAACAUCUUAUCACUUUAGUAUCACUGGCAGAACUCCAACUGCAGGAGUUUAACUUUGAUACAAGCUUAAUGUUAAAGAAGAGGGAGACCAAAGAUUGGGCUAACAAAGAUAACGGAUGCGCAUUGUUAUACUGGCUCUGUGUGUGUGUUGGCAUGUGCUUAGAUGUGUGUGUGUGUGUCUGUGUGUGUGUGUGUGUGUGUGUGUGUGUGUAUAUAUGUGUAUAUAUAUAUAUAUGUGUGUGUGUGUGUGUGUGUGUGUGUGUGUGUGAUUUGAGAGAUUUGAUUAAAAGAGUGAACUCGUCUCACUUUCAAGUAAAAUUAAAAACUGAGAUCAUCACUUGCCAUUGAGAGAACUUUCAGCCGGAGGCUAAAAGAAAAAAAAGGAACUCCUGUCGCUUUUAUCAUCUUGAUGGCUAAGUACAUUUCAAGUUAUUUAUAGCCAGAGCAUAAUAGACAUAUACAGUAAAAUUAGUGAACAUUCAUAUCAAAUAAUUGAUUUCAUAAUGUACUAUACAUUUCAUUUGGUGUUCAAAAUUCUCAAUAAAAUGCAAGUGAUUGUCUUUUCAUCCCACUUAUCAAAGGUUUGUGUUACUUUGUUCUCUUUUAGGGCAUUUUAAAACUGUAAAAUUAGCAUAACUCAAUUAACUUUCUGUUCUUGAAGUUGGAGGCAAACCUGCCUAGAAAGUUCCUUUCUAGUUCUUCAGUAGCAAAUUGUUGAAAAGGUAGCCCUCUCAUGACCAUCCAUACUUCUGUUUACUUUCAGUUUGAUUUAAGAAAGUUUUGAGAAUUCAAAUUUUGUUUGAGAGAGGAAAUAAAUUUUAUCCUACUUAGGAUAUUCAAAAGACAUCUUUUCCUUAAGAAUUGGCAGCCAGAACAUUAGGCCUUGAGUCAUUGAGCUAUGGCCCCAUAAUUGCAUUUUUUCUUACUACAUGACUGUUGUACAAAUCAUCAGUCCUCUGUAUCCAGCUAGACUACAUGUCAUAGAAAACUGAAAAGAUUUCUUAACUUACAGGUAGUGUUGGCUAGUGUACUCUUAUAUCUGAAGUUAACGCUUUAUUCAUAGCUCAAGCGAUCUAACUUCGUGGAAAGGGACCAAAGUAACGAUGCUUUGUAACUUAACUAAAAUAAAUGUUGGGUUACAAACAUAAAAUGAAAAAUGGAAAUAAAAGUUUAUACACAUUAUUUUAUCAGUGGAACUCUAGAAAAACCAAGAGCGGAUAUAGGAUCCUUCAAUACAUUUCUGAUUGCAUGUUGUCACAAGGACACUGACUGGGUUCUGCCUGCUUUGAACUAAAGGAUAUUUGUCUUGUUCUGAUCGAUCUUGAGAGUAGAGGCCGUCUUGGUUCACACAAUAUCAAAUUUAAGCCAUAUUUAUGGUUUUACUUUGUUGUAUUCGGCUUAUUGAUAUAGCAUUGAUUUGACUGUGACCCUGUGUUUCGUAAAGCCUCCCUUGAGAGUUCCCUGUUUCAUGACCUGUUUCACUGCUUUACAAUCAUGUUGCAUAACUUUUUGAAAUGCUUUUUAAAUGUUAUUCUUUGAAAGCCGUGUCAUACUUAGCAGAAUACGUUUGCAUUUUCGUAUUCAUAUACAUAUUGUCUACGUCUGUGCUUGUUCUAGUAUGCAUUCCAAUAGAUUACUAAUCGCCAUAGAUGCAUAUUAACAUAUAUAUUCAGUGCGUUGCUUCAAGGUACAAAUUUUCAUUAUUUUUCUCUGCUUUUUUUUCCUACUCUCUAGUGCAAUGCCUGAAAUUAUGCUGCUCUCUGUGAACAAAAUAACAAAAAUUCUUUAAAAUAUGAAGCUUGUAUGGUAUGCGUUCGUGACUGUUUGUGGAUUGUUUAUAAACUGAUUCUUU